AUGAGAGGCCCACUCGCCGCCCGCCUCGACGCCACCAGCUACGGACACCCCCACUGCGGCCGCGGCCGCGGCUACGGCUACAACCACCACAGCUGUCACGGCCGCCAGACUCUCACAGGCCUCGCCAUCAACGCCAUCAGCACCGCCACCGAGCUCAAGAACCAGCAACGCAACGAGAAAGCCGCCGCCAUAUCCCAAAGUAUAUCUGCCGACCAUUACCAACACCGACACCAACACCAACAUCAGCAUGAACAAGACAACGGCAGAAGCCCCGCCCCCACCACAGGCGCCGCCGCGCCAGACUACGACUACGACUACGCCGCCACCUCCCUCGACGGCAUGGUCCGCUCGCUCAGUCUCGGCGAGAAAGCCGCAAGUAGCGCUGCAGACGCAACACCGCGAGCGCAACCGCCGCCGCCGCCCAUUGCAGUAGGCGAGGCGCCGCCCGCAUACAGCGCGCAUGCCCCUCCUCACCCACCCCCCACCUCCACCUCCACAGUGACGGCCUCCCUCUCAAAACUCCAAGAUUCCCAUCCCCUCCGGCCCCAACCGGAGCAUCAUCAACCAUUCACCUCUCGCCUCCUGCAACUCCACGCCUCCCACCCAACCAUAACCUCGGACCUCACAGCGCUGCAAGCCGCGGCGGCACAAUACCACUCCCCAGCGCGACGCUGCGGCGAUUACAAGAAGCUAAAGCGGGCGAGGAAGGCGCUGCUGAGGGAUCUGUGGGUGUUGGAGGCCAUGAGGCUGAAGGAGGAGGGGGAGGAAAAGGGGUGGAGUCGGAGGAGGGAGAGGGAGAGGAAGAGGCAGUUGAGGGAGGGGUGGAGGGUGGUGAGGGGGGAGUUGAGGGGGAGGGGUCUUUAG